AGACCCAGACACGCUACCGCGCGCCUGCCCAGACGGCGGCCUGAAAGCCUGGGAUGUGCGCGGGACGGCGGUGGUACGCGCGAGAGCUUGGCCGGGCCACGUAGCGGGGCUGAAGACACCGGUGCGCAGGUAUCUCCGCAGCCCAUAACGCAUAUCGACAUAUAAACUCAAACAUUUUGCACAAAAAGAUCAUUGGCACCCUUUCUAAAUGCACAUCCGCGAAUGUAGAGGGAGAGCGAGUGAGAUAAGUGCGCGUGCAUCCCUGAAUCUGUGCAACUCUGAUUGCACGAACGCAAGAGGGAGGUCGAUCUCGACGGAGGUAAUGCACUGUAAAUGGCUCUUCAAGCAAUACACAGAAGUCCUUACAGCAGUUCUAUGCCUGGCAUUCAGCUCAUCUUUACCUGCUCUGCAGUUUGAAGACACUGGCACCCUGCAGGGCAGCAGCGUUCAGUGAAACUGAAUCUGGCAGCUGCCUAAACCUCACAUAAUAACCCGAGAGGAAUUUAGCUUCAAAUGUUCGGCAUCAAAGAUACUGAACCUUUGAUUUUGCAGUCUGAUGUUUAAGUAUAUGGAACAAAACUUGGAACAGAUUGUAUGUCUUUCCAACUGCAUUUCCUACCUUGGACAGCAUGGAUGCUCUUUUUGAAUCAGGUUGACUAUCUGUCACAUCCCCUCCUUCCUGUCUCUUCAGUAGAAGGAGGGUGGGGGAUUGGUGGCGUCCCCUGCCCCUCCUUGUAGGCCUACUUGAGACUUGAGUUGUCAACUUAGGCACCAUAGCGGUUACUCUUUUCUAUUGCUUUGUGCUCCUACCAACUCCAUCCCACCAUUCCCUGUCCUUCUUCAUGAAAUCCUGCAAGAGCCUCAAGGAAGAGGUUUCCGUCCCUAGCCUUGGCGGGAUGUCACAGGAGGAAGGACGCAGGGCGCCGGUGUCCCAGUCCUAUUUUCACUCUCCUAACCCAGAUCUGGACCUGACAGGAAAGCUUUAUAAGAGGGAGGUUGGUGGUAAGCCUUAUUCUGUGUUAGUGGACAAUAAAAUGGCAGCGAAGACAUCCAUGGGAGAUCAGAACAUUGGUCAGUUGCCUUCUCAACAUGUGACUCCACAGCAACAUCAGCAGUAUUUCAGAGAGGGAGGAGCAGGGCAGGAGAUGGGGACGCAGGGUUCCCAGGCUGGCAACGACGGCACCUCUGACGAUACUGAAGACGAUGACGACGAUGAGGAAGAAGAGGAUGAGGAUGGGGAGGAUGAGGGCUUCAAGCGUGAGCAGAUCAUUGUCGAGGUUAAUCUGAACAACCAGACACUUCAUGUAUCCAAGGGGGACAACAAAACUGGAACCACAGCAGAAGACUCUGACAGAGCUGGCAGCGACGACGAUGAUGAUGAUGAUGACGACGAAGAGGAGGAAGAGGAGGAGGACAGCCCAGAUGAAGAAGAGGAGGAAGAUGACGAGGAAGAUGAGAUUGAGAGUCGGAGAACGAGGUCAAAGAGGGCCCGUCGGGGUGCUAGUAGCACAGCAGCUCCCAGCCAGCCACGGAGGAAAAGCCUCAGAACAGCUCUGAGCACUUCCACUCCUGGAAUGACCACCAGGGGUCGGCGGAAGCACAUAGAGCCUCCAAAGAGCAAGCGCAGGUCAGCUCGAUCAGCCCCAUCGUCUGCCGGUACUACGACGACAGGAGGUAAAGCGGAGGUGGAGGAGAAGGAAAUGCUGGCGUGUGAAAAGUGCCCCAGAGUGUUUAACACACGCUGGUACCUGGAGAAGCACAUGAAUGUCACACACAGGCGAAUGCAGAUUUGCGACAAGUGUGGCAAAAAGUUUGUCCUGGAGAGUGAGCUGGCCUUACACCAGCAGACUGACUGUGAGAAGAACAUCCAGUGUGUCUCCUGCAACAAGUCUUUUAAGAAGCUGUGGUCACUGCAUGAGCACAUUAAGAUUGUGCACGGCUAUGCAGAAAAGAAGUUCUCAUGUGAAAUCUGUGAGAAGAAGUUCUACACUAUGGCUCAUGUCCGUAAGCACAUGGUUGCUCACACUAAGGACAUGCCAUUUACCUGUGAGACAUGUGGGAAGUCAUUUAAACGCAGCAUGUCUUUAAAAGUUCACUCGCUCCAGCAUUCUGGAGAGAAGCCCUUCCGAUGUGAGAACUGUGACGAGCGGUUCCAAUACAAGUACCAGCUGCGCUCCCACAUGAGCAUUCACAUCGGACACAAGCAGUUCAUGUGCCAAUGGUGUGGCAAAGACUUCAACAUGAAACAGUAUUUUGAUGAGCACAUGAAAACACACACAGGAGAGAAGCCUUUCAUUUGUGAGAUUUGUGGGAAGAGCUUCACCAGCCGGCCCAACAUGAAGCGCCACCGCCGCACCCACACUGGGGAGAAGCCCUAUCCCUGCGAGGUGUGCGGCCAGCGCUUCCGCUUCUCCAAUAUGCUCAAAGCACACAAAGAGAAGUGUUUCCGAGUCACCAGCCCUGUGGUUCUGCAGACCAGCGGUCCACCUGUACCUGUCCGCAUCUUUGCCAACACCUUCUCUUCCUCUUCCUCCACCUCUAGUCCCGGCCCCUCAGCUGCCUCCCCGGCCACCACCUCAGCACCCCUGGGCCUCAGCCCAACAGGAGGGCCCAUGCCUCCACGAGGCCCUGUGGGACACACAUUCUCCCACGUACAGCUCCACUCAACCCCCUCUCACCAUCAUCCGCACCCCCAGACAACCCAGCAACACCUCUCAAACACGCCCCAACAUGCCCCACCUCACCCCCACCACCACCUGGCCGUACCCCCAGUCUCCCACCUGCCCCCACCCCCGGCCCUUUUCAAGAGUGAGCCCUUAAACCACUGUGGGCACGAAGACAGCGGCUACCUGCACCACAUGGCUCCCCCUGACAAGGGCCCUGGAGCCCCACAGCACCACUGAACUGUGCUUCAGCUCUGCAGGCCCACACCAAACUGCGCCUUGUUCCUCCUCUUCUCAUAGUCCUGCCUCAGUCUCUCAGUUGCUAGGCCCCUGAUGUAAGGGUGCUCCUCUAAAGCAGAUUUAAAUUAGUCAAGCUAAACAUACACACCUGUGUAUGUGAUUCAGACUGAUACACCCUCAGUGCGCACAUUAUUUAAGUAAGACCCCUACUUAAAUACCCCGGUAAGAUUUUACAAAAUUUUCUUAGGAAAUCUACACAGUGAUCUCUGUGUGAGUUCUCUAUCUGUACAUUGAUGGGUGUAAAGUAUCUCCUUUUCAUCAAAAGCUGCUCAUGGAUGUCUCCGUAUGUAUUACCUGGGCUUCAUGGAUCAUCAAAGAUCAGUGUCGCUGAACUUUCCUCUUUUAUGUCUAGUAGACUUGGUUGCACAUUGGUCAGGACUUUUGCUUUCUGUGCAGGUCCUCCCCAUAGCAAUACUCAGCCUGCCCUCCUAGUUGUACUGCAGAGCCUCGGCCCCCACAGAAAUGUUUGAUGAAUGUUGUAAUGUGGAAUGUAAUGUAAUGUGGUUCUGCCUGAGCAUUUCUCUGUCCUGAUGCUAAGACUUUCUGUCAGAAUGGCAACAGCAGUAGUGCAAGACACAGUGCCAUAGGUUACAGUAAGAAGGCGGGGAGGAAUUUUUGUAAAAGGACAUGGGGGGGGGGGUUUGUAAAUGGUUAGUUGAAUCUAGACAUAGUCUAGAUUCAUGUCAUGGUUAAAUGGUGCUUUCCAAUCCAGUACAUAAAAUAUUUCUUAAUUUUGAUUUUCCAUUUGAUUUUCAGAAGUGUAAUAUUACAAAAUAGCAAUGUAUUGUGUCAUAAGAACAUGUCUUGCCAGCCUGGUUUUUCUACAAUGGAUUUGAGGUUUGAUUAGAUAUUUUGUGAUGAAGAAACUCAAGUUAUGCAGGACACGCCGUAGGCACAUACACCCUCACACUUACUCAAGCACACACACCUAAAGACACAGACCGUAUGGGCACUGAUUUACUUACCUUGAUCAGUGCAACCUCAGCUUUCAGUACUGUUGGUCAACAGAUGCUUUUAGAUAACAGAUGACUGUCAAAUACUGCCACUGUGAGGGGCCAGACACAUGGCCCCAUCAGGAUUUACCCCACCUCCCUUCGCUGCUGUCGAAAUGAUACGGGUUACCAUGUUAAAGGUCAUUUGACACACACAGUAUACACACCUGGGACCUUUUUCAUUACAGUUCUUAACAGGCAAUUAUGCAUAUUCCUCUCAGUCUAUAUUCCACAGUUUGGUGUGGGGCGUUGUUGUAAUGUAAAGGUUUGUUUUUUGACGUUCAUUGUACUGACAUACUUUGAUCCACACAGGCAAACGCGUGUCUAAACCUGUUGAAUGUUGCCUACACAGAAUGAUGGCUGAUGAGUCAUUCCUAUGUUUGUUUGUUUUUUGUUUUUUUUAUGUUCUCUGAUAAUUUGCUCAGUUUUAAGCUAAUGAUUGGUUCUGCAGUGUAGAUAUAAUGUUGUUAGCUCAUGAUAGGAAAUGUCAGGAUAAAAGGCAGUGGUCAUACAACUUAUAAUACUUGGAAUUCUUGUAUAGAUAAGCAUACAUGUGAUCAAGUCAACGCAAGAAAUUACAUUUAUUAAUGUAAUGACCGAUGGUGCGAAUGUUGUUUGUUUAAAAGAAGCAUAAAUCGGUGGCAUGAAUUUGGAUUGCCUGGUUGUUGCUUCACCCAGUCUGAUGGCUGUCAGAUGUGUGUUUAGGAGCGUGUGUGUGUGUGUGAGAACUAGAGAGAGAGAGAGUGUGUGUGUGUGCAUGCGCAUCUCUACCAGUCUGUCGGGUUGUUCCCAGUGCUCUUGUACCAAAAGCUGCUUUUACAGAGUGUGCCCCAAUAUAUGUGUAUUUGGGGAUAACAGAGAUGAACAAUAGCAGUAAAUUUUAACAUGAUCCUCUUUCUGCCUCUCUAAUGGAAUUUAUUCUGAGUGGUUAAGCUCAGAAAGACGCCCCUUUUUUUUGAUUUGAGACCUGCAAUUAUCCUGCCAUUUCUGUGGGUCUUAAUACAGCUGCAUUAUUUGCUUAUCAUCUUGCCCCCUCGGGUUCACUGCUGUGCUUCAGCAUUUUGCAGUAUGGAUCUUUGUCUUUUUAUUUUAUUUAAUUUUUUUUGCCUUUUUCAUUUGUAUGUUUUCUCUGCACUUUACUGCUGCGUGGGUGAGGGGAAGGGAGGGACUGACAAUGCAUUGUGGAACAGAGUGCAGUUAUGGCUGCAUGGGAAAGGGUGGAGGUGAUUACUUUGAGUGGAUGUUUUUAGGCAAGGAAAAGGAGGAGAAUCCUGGAUGGAGGCGAGUAGUGUGGAAGGGACCAUAGCAAACGAAGGACAUUUCUUUUAGUAUGUGCAUAAAUUUAAUUUUCUAUUUUUUUCAAAGGAAAUACACUUUUGCUCCAAUAUGGACUUCCCCUCAAAGUGAAAGCGAUGUUCCUCCUGCUUUGGCGACUUUACACUGGCCCCUCCAAGCUGUCUGAAAUACAUUCUUCUGUUAUGUAUGUUCAUGGAGUUCUUCUCUCUGUCAUUUCCUGUUUUGUCUUUCAAUUUGCCGAAUGAUUCUCCUCCUCCUUUCUUUGUUAUAUAGAAUGCACUUUCUACUAAAAUUCUUGGCUAGUUAAGAAAAAAUAACAUUGUAUGUUCUUCAAAGAUGUUUUAAAAAAUCAAUAUACUUUCCCCCUUUGUAUUUUUAACCACUUAAUGUAGCAUUGCAUAUUUUAUUAUUGUAUCUGGUACAAAAUGUGCAGCUUUAUAAUGUCCUGGUUUGUCCCUUUUUUUUGUAUAUUAUCUGGAGAUUGGGGAGAAGUGAAAAAGUUGGGCCUUUUUUGAUAAUGUACAUUUAACUGACCGCUAACUUUGAGAAGUAAAAACAAGUAGCCAUGAUUAGCA